UAGAGUGUGUGACCUUUUUUUUGGCCAGGCAGAGUAUAUCUUAUGACUUUUUAGGUCACUGCAUUAAACUGUGAGAUUGUGAAACCAUGAACUUUUCCAUUGAGUUGUUUCUCUUUUUUGAGUGGUUUGUUAACCCUGGAAAGUUGAUGUGCCAGUUCUUACAGGAGCACAUCUAUAUAAGGAAAGCAGGUUCCUUUUCAGACCUCAAAGUCUCAUCCUAACCUCCCAGAAUGCUACGAAAGAGUGUUACAGAAAGCUUUGGGGCAGCUAUAUCAUCUUUGAAUGCAGCCCACCUGACAGAUGGAGUUGUCCAGAGGAGUAAGAGAAUGUUAUUAGACACGCUUGGGGUUGGACUGCUUGGAACCACGACUCCAGUCUUUCAUGUGGCUUUAGAGUACAGCAAGAGAUAUCAAGCCAAGGAGAUCAGCAGUGUGUGGGGCAGACCAGAAUCAUCUCUUCCACCUCAUUAUGCUACAUUUGUGAAUGGGGCAGCAGUGCAUGCCAUGGAUUUUGAUGACACCUGGCAUCCAGCCACUCAUCCUUCUGGAGCAUUGCUGCCUGCUCUUCUGGCUCUAGCUGAGUCUCUGCCCUCAAAACCUUCAGGCUUGGAACUGCUUCUGGCCUUCAAUGUGGGACUUGAAGUUCAGGGAAGACUCAUGAGAUUUUCAAAAGAAGCACAUAACAUCCCCAGGAGAUUUCAUCCACCUACAGUUGUUGGGGUUAUGGGCAGUGCAGCUGCCACAGCUAAGCUUCUUGGCCUGUCCCCUACUCAGAGUAUGGCAGCCCUGGCUAUUGCAUGUUCAUCUGCUGGGGCUCCUAUGGCAAACACUGCCACUCAGACCAAGCCCCUGCACUUGGCAAAUGCUGGGAGGAGGGGCUUGGAAGCCUCUCAGCUGGCCCUGCUGGGUCUAGAGGGCAACAAGCAGAUUCUGGACCUGGAGUCCGGCUUUAGAAUCUUCUAUGAGGAUUAUGUUCCGCAUCAUCUGGCUGAGGUUUCCCCAACUGCCCCCUACAGAUGGGUGCUAGAAGAUCAAGAUAUCGCGUUUAAACGUUUUCCUGCCCAUCUCGCCAUGCACUGGGUAGCUGAUGCAGCAGUAAAGGUCAGAACCAAAAUCCUGGACCAAGACCCAAAUGCAGAUCUUAGUCAAAUCAAGAGGAUAACGGUGAGAGUCCCGUUAUCCAGGUAUAUAGACCGGCCUAUUCCAGACACAGAGCACCAAGCUAGACACUCUUUCCAGUUCAAUUGCUGCAGUGCACUGCUAGAUGGUGCAGUCACUGUGGAGUCAUUCAGCAAUAAUCUCAUGGGCAGGAAAGCUCUGAAAGAGCUGCUCCUUAAAGUCCAUCUGGAACACCCUAAAGACAACCAGGCCAGCUUUGAUAAGAUGUACUGUGAAGUUCUGGUAGAGACAGCUCAGGGAAGGACACACACAGCUCGCUGCAACACCUUUUACGGUCACUGGCGAAAACCGCUGACUCGCGAGGACUUGGAGAAGAAGUUUAAGGCUAAUGCAUCAAGUGUGCUCACUUCUGAUGCUGCAGAUGGGAUUGUCCAAAUCAUCGACAGCCUGGAGACAAUCCCUGACUGUUCUGUGCUCGGGUCAUACAUGCAAUUUCACAAACACACACCACACAAAGAGAAGUACUUCUAUACUGCCUCAGUUUGAGUAUCACUGCAAUGUUUCAAAAAAAAUAUUAUCUGUCUCAUGCUAAGUCCUGACUGUAUUUUCACUUUGAUAAAUUAUUCUAUACCUGUUUAAGUAGAUAAUAGACUGACUUUCUCGAGUUGUUAUGAAUAAUCCAAUUUAAAAUUAGACUCCACUGCUGACUGCAUAAUGCUAUAAAUAUGUAGAUAUUCUGACACAUACUGGUUAUUGAUGGUAAUAAACAUUAAAACUCAA